AUGGGCAAAAACAACAGCAAAGAAGCCUCAGCAGCACCGGAACGCGGGGAUAAGCCGAAGAAAGCCAAUCGAAGACUUUCAUCUGGGGAACUGCACGAUCUCGAGAUGAAAACCUAUUUUAGUCGCAAGGAACUGAAGAAAUGGUAUAAGGAUUUUGUGCGAGACUGUCCAACGGGUGAAUUGAAACUGGAUGAAUUUCAAAGUAUCUAUAAGCAGUUCUUUCCCAAUGGUGAUCCGUCUAAGUUUGCUGCGUUCGUUUUCAACGUUUUCGACAGUAAUAAGGCUUGUUUUCUUUGA